CCGCCGAGCUCGUCGGUCGUGUGCGUUUCGUUUCCAUCAUCCGGUGUCAUCUCUACAACUUGAACUUUUUUGCCAGUCCAGCUACUUUCGUCCCUGCUGUUCCUUUUGUGGUCUCGCAAUUCUGUCCCCGUUGUUUCUCUCAAAAUGUUUCGAAGACAACUACUGCGCCAGUCACGCGCGAUCUCCAAAUCUGUCUCUGCCGUUCCCCGGCUGCGACAAUCGUCGCCAUUUAGUUCCGUUUCCGCAACAUUGGCCUCGUCGCCACGGCCAGUCGCCACCAGCUUCUCACAAUUAGGACGGAGAUGGCAGUCGACAGACUCGUCCGACAAGCAGACAUCCGGUGAACAGAAGUCAACAGAAGAGGCGAAUAAGCAGGCCGCCGAGACCAAGGAAGACCCAGUGAAGCAAGAGCUCGAGAAGUGUAAAGUCGAAGUGGUAGAUCUCAAGGACAAGUACCUCCGCGCCGUCGCCGAUUACCGCAACCUCCAAGAGCGGACGAAGCGAGAGAUCGAGUCGGUGCGGCAAUUUGCGCUCCAACGGUUCGCCACGGACCUCUUGGACUCUUUCGACAACCUUGACCGUGCGCUUUCCGCGGUCCCUCAACAGACCACCACCACUUCAAAUACCUCGUCGUCGGAUCCGAAUGUCGGCGCCCCAGCCGAGGGUGGUGCCAGCAGUGACCCCAGCAAAGAUCUGGAGAACUUGGUUUCCGGGCUCAAGAUGACAGAGGAGAUUCUGAUGAAUACUCUGAAGAAACAUGGUCUCGAGCGAUACGACCCCAUGGAAGGCGGUGGUCGGAAAUUCGACCCCAACACCGACGAGGCGACUUUCUACACUAAAGUCGAGGGCAAGGAGGACGGAGAUGUCUUCUUCACCCAGAGUAAGGGCUACAAGUUGAAUGGGCGAGUUCUCCGGGCCGCCAAGGUCGGAGUGGUUAAGAACUCGUAAAGGUCCCAAAAAGCACGGCACGGCGUCGUUCGACAGCAAGAUAUCGUGCCUGAGAGUUCAGGAUCCAUCUGGGACAUGGAAUGACAUUGGAAUACGCCCUUCAAUGUUCUUUCUAUUUUCUGUGUACAAAACGAAAAGAAACGGUGAUGGAGCUCCAUUUACUUUUUCUUCGGGCCGCCUAGAACGGCCUCUGUUCUCUUGUUCGACAAGAACCCGGACAGGCAAGAAUGGAAGAGGUGUCCAUCAUUCGUCGGUUACUAUCAUGUGUGUUCUACAGGUCCUCUCUGGUUUUUAAAGAAAUCACAGAACCCGAGAUGCACACACGAGAAAACAUGGUGCGGAAACAAAAAAUGUUCAUAAUGGGAUGCAGUGGGUGACGGCUAACAUGUCCCGUCUGGCUCGGCGUUCUGUUUGUAUUUCUGAAGAACUACUUCUCUCUGUUGGAUCCCGAGAUCGAGAUCAAUGUGAUGGUGUUUAUGGAUUUACUCCCGGUGAUGUUGGUCAGUGGAGGUAUGCGUGCUUUUUCCAAAAGCACUUAUUACAAUAUGGAUUUGUGCGCCCUCGCCAUGCUAUGCCGUGGUAAAACGAGUCCUGAAAUCCAGCUGUGAGUGGUAGAAAGAGGACUUGCCCAGAGUCUUGUGGAAGCUUGGUACUUGAGUACUCUCGAAACACUGGCAUGCCCAGUGUAUUUGUCAAUGUGCCAAUGCGACUAUGAGAAACAAACUGGAGGCGGUUACGUAAAGUGUGUAUAAUGGAAACAAACUUCUGUCCGCA